CUUCUCGCUCCGCUUGGCACCAGCCAAACCCGCUCGCUUACGGACAAAGUCAUAAAUCCCGGGGCCUUCCCAAGGUGUGUGCUCAGCAGGCCUGCCGAUCGCUCUCCCAGCUCCAUCUGCCAUGACACCUCGCCAUUGCAUUCCCACGAGGAUCUCUUCGAGGUUCUGGUUUGCUCAUGAGCUUCUCGGCGACGCGAGCUACCUGUAGGGUUUCUGCUCCGUACAGUAGCAGCACCCGCAAUUGCCCUGGCAAUGGCGACAGGAGCCGGUGCUGAGCCCGCCGCGGCCCUGUUGCUUAUGGGGCUGGCAAAUGCAAUCAACUCAACUUCGUCCGACUUGACGACGGACCCCGCCCCCGUCCCCCGGACGCUAUGGCUGCAGAACCUAGCAAUCGGCAUCGAGAUCUUCGCCGCUGUCCUCUCCGUCACAAUCUGCCUCAUGCGUGCCUACAUCAGGAUAGUCACCAGGAAUCUCGGCUGGGAUGAUUACUGGAUAUUUGGUGCAGGGCUGCUAUGCAUUGCCCAGACACCCAUCUCGAUUAUUUAUAUCAAAUGGACCUAUAUAGGCAUCCACAACGCCGAGAUACCUCCUCACGAUACCGUUGCUGCUGGCCUCAUCGCAUACGUCAAUGGACUCAUCUAUAACCCGAUUCUGUCCAUGGUCAAGGUCUCCAUCCUGCUAUUUUUGCUACGGCUCGCCGGUACGAGGCCUGCCGUCAGGUUCACCAUCUGGGUCCUCAUGGUCUUCACUAUCUGCCUCAUGAUUGCCAUCUUCUUCUGUGUCAUCUUUGUCUGCAGUCCGGUGGCGUACAACUGGGACCGCUCGAUAGAAGGCGGUACCUGCUUCGACAAGAAACCGUUCACCAUGUGGACUGGCGCCGUCACCAUCUUCACCGACCUCUUGACCCUCGCCCUCCCCUUCUGGAUAUUCCUCGGUCUCAGAAUGCCGCGGCGAGUAAAGGUGGCCCUUCUGGGCGUCUUUGCCCUGGGGUUCAUCGUCACCGCCGUCGGUGCCGUCCGUCUGUACUUCCUCUAUCGGAACAACUACGUCCCCAAGGAGGAGGACUCGAACUUCAGCAUCGGCUUCGUCACCAACGCGCUCGAGACUAACCUCGCCGUCAUCGCGGCGUCGGGCCCGGCCCUCUGGCCACUCGCGCGGCGCUGGUUCCCGCGCGCCUUCGACAACCUCGGCCUGACGCGCGGCUACCAGGGCGACAUCCCCGACAUCGAGAUGACGGCCAAGGAGGUGAGCGGCGGGAGCUCGUCGAGGAAGUCCAAGCGGCGCGGCAGCUUCGGGCUCGGCCUGCUCGGCGGCGGCGGCGGUAGGAGGAGCCAAGGGACGGGGGCUCGGAGCGUCAGGAGCGGGAGAGGCGGCGGGGCGGGCAUCCACACCAACCACAGCAUCGGCGGGAGCUCGUUUGUGCCGACCACCAAGAACAUGAGGGGGGACGGCGCGAGGGGCCACACCGAGAUCAGGCACUACACGCCCAACGAGUCGGAGGAGGAGAUCAUGGCGUACAACGGCAUCAUGCGCACGACCGACUACACCGUCACGCACGACGAGGAGGGCCGGAGGCUGCGCAGCUCCGAGGCGGAGAGCGGGUGGUAUGGACACCGGAACAAGCCGCUCGUGGGCGUGGGCGGGACGAGGUCGGACCCGGCGUUGAGGUCGAGCAUGGGGAGUAUAUGAUCUUUUAUACCGUCUCGGGGAUAUGUUUGGCGCAACUGGCAGAAGCGUUUCUGUUUUCUUUUUUUGUCUAUUUCUUCCCCCUUUUGGCAGGGAGUUGGGUGGGAGUCGGGUAAAGGGAAUAGCCCUGUAUCGGAAUUUUUGGGGACAAUCGGCAUUGGGGACGUGGUUGCGGUUCUUGUAUGCUACUUACGUAGAGUCCAGACGAAGUGGACGGGGGGAUGGAUGCGCUUGGUGAACUACGUGGCGGAGAGUGGUUUGGAGAAGCGCGUUGUCAUGGCGAAUCUACUAGAAGCACCCUUCCACUCAAGCUAUCGGAC